AUGAGGGCGUGUUACUAUCCAAACGGACCACACGAUGAUGACAAGUGCUUGGACUUCCGGGAUCGUUGGAUCAACGAGUCCACGUGCGAGAGCAACGAGACGGAUUUUGGCAAUAUGACAACGAGGGACAUGCUGGUGUCAAUGGGUUGCUUGGCAUUGUUCGAAAUCGAUCUGAAGAUGGCUGGAUGGUGCGUAGACGCCGACUCGCUGACGGAGUUGCUGCUGUGCCUGUAUGACUUCGUUGAGGACAAGUAUAUUUUGCUUCACGAGUUGGACUACGUCAAGACGCGAGACGAUAUUAUCAAGAUGAUGGAAGAUUUCAAGAAAUGCGUGGGAACAACGGAGCAUCAAAUGCCGAAGGGGCUUGCUGAAAUGGAGGUGUUGAAAUAUUUCUUGGCGCCGUUGAAGAAAAUAAGAGGUUACAUAGAAGGUGUAACCUCGCAACCUCACUACGCUAUCCUACAUGACUAG